AACUUCUUCAGAAAAUCAGAUCGAAAAAUCGGCUUGUUGAUCAGAAAAUACGCACUCGGUAGGUACGAUGGCACUGGAAGACUGUUAUGAGAGAUUUACUUUUGCAUUAUCGUCUUUAGACGUAGGCUGCAGGCUGUUCCUGCGAUUUGUUUUCGGAUGCAUAGACGUUAUGAGGGAGCCGUAACCGACCAGCGGUCGCGUGAACCUGCCACAGCUGGGAGUCUUAACAUUCCUCUCUUGCAUGAGUAGCCCCUGAGAGGGUCAGAACCCAGGGUAAUCGGAGGUGCGAUGGCGAGCGUAUUCCCAACGCUUGGCAUGAUGCGCCACACCGCCGAGCCAAGUAAGGGGGUUUCUUUACUUGGUUACCGUCCGGUAUGAAUAAAGCAAAUAUUUUUGUCACCGGCGCAACAAUGAUUAACUUACAGGUACCGUACAAAGUAAACCCAGUUUGGUAACAUCGGGAGGCAUAUUUAUCCUCGGACGUAUUGGAGAGAUACAGACAUGGAUGUCGAUGACUAUUUAGCAAGAAUUGAAUAUUCGGGUCCAAAAAAUCCAACUGAGGAAGUUUUGAAGGAAUUGUGUUGGGCUCACGUGACACAUGUUCCGUUUUAUACGUUGGAUUUAUUUGGCAGUGGAGAAAGAAAGGUCAUGAAAUUAGAAUCGAUAUACAGGAAAAUAAUUACGGACAGAGUUGGCGGAAUGUGUUAUGAACUUAAUGCUAUGUUCAACUGGCUCUUAAACGAACUGGGUUUCAAGGUCAACGUUAUGAGAGCCGAAAGUACAAUGGCUUCAAACCGCCAAUCAAGUGAUGGUUUAAUUGGUGGUCACUUGACAUUAGUUGUAGAAUUUCCACACGGUAAACAAAAAAUCGCUGACGUGAGCUCACUAGCACUUCCUUUGGAUUUGGACACAGAAGAACCCCAAGACCAAAGAAACACAAAAGCAAGAGUUCUAAAAAAAUUUUGUAACGAAGAAAAGAAUUGGUAUUUUUAUGUAGAAAAAUUAUCAAGAACUGUUAUCGACGUAAAGGAAAUAGAAUCUGUUGGCGACCUCAAACAAGUAAAAGGCGUAGAAUGGAAUGGUAGAUUCCGAUUUCCAUUGCAAGCAUCUAAUUCCAAAAUUGAAGAUUUUCAGAUAAACAUUGAUGCUUCCCAAGAUAAUGAAAAUAGUGAAUUCAGACAAAUAUCAUUUUGCGUUCUUCAGACGGCUUUGGGAAUGAAAGCAUUGAUUUGCAAAAAUUAUCUCGAAAAAGAAUAUGUUGAUGAUUAUCGAGAAACAAAAACAACCAAACUAAUCACAGAGGAUGAAGACAUUAUAAGUAUAUUGAAAGAAAAAUUUGGUGUCGUACUCAAUCACAAAUUGGAUUUACCAGACCACCAAAACAAUAUAUUUUAAUUAUUUACAGCGACGCCAUGUAUUUAAAGUUUGUUGGCCGAUUUCUCAAGCAUAGCUCGAAUGCUUGUAAUUGUAUGGGACAAAAAAGAAACAUAUUCAUUACACUAAUAACAAAAGUCAUAUAUGGCAGAAUUGCAUUGUAAACAUGUUGCUUCAAUGAAAAAAUUGAGAGAUUCACCUCGACCCUUGUCGAACAAAAAGCAAGAUGGAGGAUGACGGCGAUUCUAAAUUAUUGUCUGAAACAAUUCGAAUAAUUUACAAUUCGAUUCGAAAUGCCCGGCCCUGGUCGAUGAGCACUUCCUCGUUCGGCCAUUCGUUUUGAUUUUUAAGCUACCCCAUAAGAUUCUUUCUCCCCCAAAUUAUACAUUUGACUGGAUAUUUCGGCAUAUCUGCUGCCCAUUUUUUGAAUUGACAUUUUCAUAUUCAAAUUCAUGCAUUCUUUACUUUUUUUUCCAUCUAUAGAUAUAAAAACAAUGUGCAUUUAUGCUAUCGAUUGGGUUUCCACGGGACUAAUUACUUUCCUCUCUUCUAUGCUUUUGUGCCGGUGGAUCCGAAUGCAUAUAAUGUAAGGAUGAAAAGUAGCAAAAGUAAAUAUAAUUAUCCAAAGUGAUUCAAGAGUCUUGCUACACACUAACACAAAUAUAUUUCUGUUAAUGUUCUGAGACUUCCUCAAACGAACAUUUAUUAAACCACAAUACGAAGAUAAUUUACAUACGCAUGUUAAAGAUCAAUAAAAAUGGUGAUUGUAUAAUUAAUUAACUGUAGGGAACUGCGAUAAAGGAUUUGAAAGAUUGAACCUAGUUUCUCUCUGUUUUAUGUUCAACAAUCAAGUCUAACUCAAUCAAUGAUAUUCUUUCUUUCUCAGAAUUGAAUGAUAUAGGUCUACUUGAGAAUACGGUCUACUUGAAAUUUGUAAUCCGUUUUUAUUUCGAAUAUAUAUAUCUUUAUAGUUGGUAAUUAAAGUUUAUUUGAAACACGAUUAUUUGCGAACAUGACUGUGGAUUCGUCCACGAGGCGAAUGCAUAUGCGUGGAAAUGUACAAAUAACGUGGAAGCGGAUAUGCUUGGGUGCAAAUGUUCAUUAGUGGAAAUUACAUAGGUGCAAAUGUACCUGGGUGUAAACAGACUGGUGUGAAAAUGUCUGUGGGUGCA